CCUCAAAACUCAAAGCCUUUGAAACAACACAAGUCCAGUGUCUGAAAUUCGAUCAUCCACGGUGAUCAAAGAGGAGGUAGACCUCAACCGAGCACAGCCAUUCCGUCGUCCUCUCCAAGUUCUUGCCGUACUCUUUGGCUAACUAUGGCGGAAAGCACACGCCGGUUGCCAUCUUGGAUGCUCACUACCCCGCCGCCUGCUGCUAGCAGCGAUGCCGACGAACAACAACCCAAGACCAAUACGAGCAAGGGAGGGCAUCUCAAGGUUUCCCCGAGGAACGGCAACGCUAAAAAGAGAAAGAAAGCCGAUCGAGGCGAAACUGCAGUUUCUCAAACUACUCCCGGCGGCGAUGGUGUCUCAAUUACAGUUGAGCCCCCGGGGGACGAUCGCCUCCUCACGGUUCAAGACCUAGUCGCCAUCGCCGAGGAGUACGUCAGAGCAGCUAACGAUGUUGGAUCAGAGAAAAAUCCGUCUAUCAAGGGAGAACGGCGAUCACGAGCCGUCUCUUCCGGGAUUGAUUUGCAAGGCGGUGUUACUGUUAAUAAGCACAAUUCACCCAACGCUUCUUGUAGCUCAAUGCAGAAAUCGACCGCAGAACAAAUCCCCGAAACUGUCAGCACAGCAGGGGAUCCUGCGCAGGACAUGCUGCAUCUCUUUCUAGGCCCCUUGCUCGCGAAACCGGUUACGAAUGAAAAGAACGAUGUAUCAAGCAGAAUGGAUUUGGACUUUGCUUUUGAUGCAAUGAGGCAUUCUCACAAUCAUGUUGAGGCAGCAGCGGUCCCUCCAUUGAAAGAAAAGAAGAAGAGCAGUCUUAGAGACAAGGUCUCUGGAUUGACAAAGGAAAUAUGGGCAGAUUUCUGAGGUUUGUAGACAGAAGCAUGAUCCCUUAGCAUUUCAUUUUAAUAUGCUUGAGAAUUUACAGAGAGUACAAUGACUAUUUUCUGCAAAUUAUAGAGCACCCAAUGACUAUUUUCUGGAAACUAUCACCGCAUUGUGCUUGAUUUUACACAGUUCAAGUGCCUCUGGUCAGCCAUUGUACCUCAUCUUUUUCCUUCUUCCUAGUCAUUGGAUGGAUGCUACUCAUUGCUUGUUGUUUCAGAUGGGUUUUCAUUUUGAGUAUUAAAUUGUGCCAAUUGAUGCUUGGAUUGUGAAGGCAAUCAUUUGCAGGUUAAGGGAUCUUUAAUAAUGAUGCUGGUAUGAAGUGCUAGUCAAUGUAAGGACAAGAAGGACGAAGAUUGUGCCUGCAGGAACAAUCUGUUUCAGACAGACUUUUCAGAUUAACAUAAUAUGAGACAUGUUUGCUCCAAAAGAUGCCCAGCUUUCUUGCUAUUUCCUUCUUCUUGGAUAUUGAUUUCCAAAGUGCUUGGAUUUUUCUUUGUAACAUCCAUUGAUGUCACUUGACUUUGGCACCCAGCUCGUGUUUCGUUUCCUCAUGCUUACUGCAUAACGAUAAGUAUGCAUCAUUAUAAUCAUCAGGGCUGUCGUGUCAAGAGCUCCUUGCUUGUUAAUUUUUCUACUUUUAGUUACGAUGAAUUUUUCAUUAAUGUUUUCGUCCAUUGCAGGCAGAUCAUCUAACUAUCGGUGUGUGCUCUCAUUAUGCGAUUUUCACAUGUUAUAUGAUGAUCAUCUCCACGUUCACUGGGUGAUGCUUGAUCAGCUUAUGACUGCUGUGGCUCUCUGUUUAGGCAGGUAUUAUCAGAAAGAUCAUCAUUAUCAUGUUUUAAAAUGCCUCUUUCAUCAGUGCCUUGUUAAUUAAUAUAGAAUAAUAUUUUUCUCAUGCAACUAAAAUCAAAUGUGAAGCCUUCCUUUUCAUAGAAGUAACCACAGCCGGCUGGUUUGCGGUGUUUACUAUGCAGUACGUGCGCUGUAGAUGUUGAUUUGCGUUAUAUCUGUAGACGGUUUGACCGAGGUUCUUUUUCUCUUCUCUAUCCCCUUGUUUCCCUGGGGAAACUCCAACUGUUUUACGAAGGUACCAAGGCUACUGAAGUUAACAACGCAACUCAGAAGAUGAAUCAGUUUGCACUCAGGAAUAAGGGUGGAUUCACGAAGUUUCUUUUUAUCCUUUCUCUCAAGAAUUCCAACCUCUGUGGGAACCCACUAAAACUACUCCGGAAGAAAUCGGCUUGGUAUCAGGAAGAAGUCAAACUUCCCUUAUUUCAGAAGAAUGUAAGAGUGGAUUCUCUUCUCUGCUGUUCUUUUUUUUGUCUGUCAUUCCUUGUCGGUUUUCUUAUGCUGAAUCAUGCACGAAAAUGUUUGCUUCAAAAUACUUUAUUUUUAGUGCUGUGAUUUUUUUUAUUAUCUGCACCUGUGUCCUUUUUUCUUACAGUUGAUGACAAAGGCCCAAUGGCAAUCUUACAACAAUCUGCUUUCACAUGUCCAUAUCCACGUGUGGGUGGUUUUGAUAUCUGUUUUUUCUUGCUCGCGCAUGUGGAAGGGAAGAAAAGGAUGCUAUAAUU